CCGGAACUUCCCGCGUCGCUCCUGCCGCUGCCGGACUCUGGAGGCUGCUGCACCCGGAAGCGGGGAGGAGAGGCUGAAAUUGGAAGCAAGCAGUUCGGAGCGGAGUCAGGAGCUUUCUGAAGAGAAGGGAUUUCAAACGCUUCAGACAUGCAGAGCACAAAGAAUUACUUGUGGCUCAUCUCCGAUAUCCUCGGCCAAGGAGCCACAGCUAACGUGUACCGUGGCCGCCACAAGAAAACUGGUGACCUGUAUGCCGUCAAAGUGUUUAACAACAUUAGCUACCUGCGGCCAAUUGAAGUUCAGAUGCGGGAGUUUGAAAUCCUUCGGAAGCUGAACCACGAGAACAUUGUACAACUCUUUGCUGUAGAAGAGGAGAAUGCCACUAGGAACAAGGUGCUUGUUAUGGAGUUUUGCUCUUGUGGAAGCCUGUACACUGUUCUGGAAGAGACGGGGAAUGCAUUUGGUCUGCCAGAAUCGGAGUUCUUGAUUGUAUUGCGAGAUGUGGUGGCCGGUAUGAACCAUUUGCGAGAGAAUGGAAUAGUGCACAGGGACAUCAAGCCUGGGAACAUCAUGCGUGUGAUUGGGGAGGACGGGCAGUCCGUGUACAAGCUCACUGACUUUGGUGCUGCCCGAGUGCUGGAGGACGAUGAGCAGUUUGUCUCGCUCUAUGGAACGGAGGAGUAUUUGCACCCAGAUAUGUAUGAGCGAGCUGUACUGAGAAAGCCUCAUCAGAAGACGUAUGGAGCAACAGUGGACCUGUGGAGCAUUGGAGUCACGUUUUACCAUGCAGCCACUGGCAGCCUCCCUUUCAGACCGUUUGAAGGACCCCGCAGGAAUAAGGAAGUGAUGUACAGAAUAAUUACCGAGAAACCCUCUGGAACGGUAUCUGGAGUUCAGAAAUCAGAGAACGGACCAAUAACUUGGCACCGCGAAUUACCAGUAUCUUGCAACCUUUCUAGAGGCCUGCAGUCUUUGCUGACGCCAAUCCUGGCGAAUAUCCUCGAGGCUGACCAGGAGAAGUGCUGGGGAUUUGAUCAGUUCUUCGCGGAAACCAAUGACGUUCUGCACCGAAUCGUGAUCCACGUCUUCUCUCUGCAGCAAGUCACGUUGCACAAGAUUUACAUCCAAGGCUACAACACGGCCCAUGUGUUUUCUGACUUGGUCUAUAAGCAGACGGACGUCGCACCCGAUCUUCAGGAGCUGAUGUUUGAGGGCCGAUCUCUCGAGCUUGAUCCUAAUGUACAAGCCCAACAUUUCCCCAGAACGUCUGAGGAUAAUCCUCUGUUUCUUACCAGCAGAGAAACUGUGAAUGUAAUUGGGCUGAUCUUCGAGGAACCCUGCCUUCCAAGCUUGCAUCCUCGUUAUGAUUUGGACCUCGAUGCCUCCUGUACAAAGAACGUUAAAGGUGUUGUAUGCCAAAUACGAAAGCUAGCCGCCUCGCUGCUGCACUAUCAGGAACUGGUGCGGAAGGGUGUCCGAUGGUUAAUUCGGAUCAUCAUGGACAAUUUUCGUGAGACUUUACACAAGAAGACUGAAGUGAUUCUGAAGCUAAAUUACUGCAUCACCACUGUGGAAAGAGCCAGGAAUGUGUACAACAGUUUGCUGCAGACAACCAUACUGCCAUCAGAACUGAAUGAAAUUCCCGAAAUUCACAACAAGCUUCUCCGUUUGGCAGGUUCCCUGGAUUCCAUUAACCACAGUCUGAAGGACAUUGAAGGUGCAUUGUUGCCUGGUAGUCAGCUGUCAGAUCACUGGACGUAUCAAACAGGGACACACCCGGAGGACAAAAACAUUGAGAAACUUCAGGUUCUGCUGGACUUGAUAACUGAAAUCUAUAUUCAGUUCAAAAAGGAUAAAGCAAUGCACAAACUGCCUUACAAUGAGGAACAGAUUCACAAAUUUGAUAAGCAGAAAAUGUGGCGUCACGUUGUUAAAGCCAUGUCCUUGUUCAAGGAUGAAUGUUUUGCAAAAUACCAAACUUUUCUUGACAAAGCGGACGACUGGAUGAAGAAGAUGCAUUUUCUGAGAAAGCAGAUGCUGAACGUCACUAACCAGUUUGUAAACAUCGAGCAGGAAGUACUCACCUAUCAAGAGCACAUCAAAAAGCUGCAGGAGCUGCUGCCUCAGAAGUCCGUCAUGGUGAUGUCCGGUGACUGGAAAGCACCAGUAUCGCACUUUAACCCCAGCCAGAACACGCUGAUGGAAAUGACCAUCGGGAUGAAGAAGUUGAAAGAGGAGAUGGAAGGCGUUGUUAGGGAGCUUGCAGAGAACAAUCACAUCCUGGAGAGGUUUGGAGCACUGACCGUGGACGGGGGAAUUCAGAGUCCCGAUCGACUCUAGGUGAAUCGCCUGACUGUGUAUAAUCCAACUGGGUCCACCAGUUGAUGCAGUGUUCAAAAGCACUCCCUGCUGUCCUCAAUUCCACUCUGUAAGGCUGUCUAAUGAGAAAUUAAAUUCCACAAAUGAACACAAGAUCAAAUACUCCGCAUGGAGGCAAAAAUGUGAAUCUCAGAAAGAGACACAAGAGACCAGAGAUGCUGAAAUCUGGAACAACUCAUAGAGUUGAGCAGCAUCUUUGGGAGGGAAAGGAUUUGUCAACAUUUCAGUUGGAAACCCUGCAUUAGAAUCUCCAAAUUUUGUCCUGGUAACAUUGACUGUUUACUCCUUUCCACAGAUACUGCUUCACUUGCUGAGUUCAACACUUUGUGCGUCUUGGUCUGGAGUUCCAUCAUCUGCAGAAUCUCUUGUGCUCUGACUUUUUUUUCUUUUUGUUUUUAUUUGUGACAUUUUAAUUCUCAUUAUUCCCUAUACCCUGUCAUUUGGACAGAGGUGAAAGUUUCCACUGUGACUACUUGCCCCCCUGAUGUUGUGCGGGAUGUACUAUCUUAUUGUCACUUCAGAGGCACUCUUGUUCAGUACGAUGUCUUGUUUCCCCCAGUUUGUGACACCUGCUUACGUUUAUUCAGAGUCUGCAGAAGCUGAGUUGCCCAGUCUGUGAAGUACUGAAGCCAAAGAGUAACAUCUCGUACUUGAGAAUGGGAAUCACCCUGGGGUGUGCUGUUAAAUAAAAUUUAACCCUGACCCAGCUGAGGAGAUACUGCCUCUACAUGUUAGAGAUAAGUUUCAUGAAGCAUAAUGAAGUAUCAUGGUUGAGAGGUUUAGAGAAGGAAUUUCUGAGCUUAGGACUUGGUCAUUUUAAGCUAAUACUUCAGGGUAACUCACAAAAUGCUGGAGGAACUCGGUAGGUCAGGCAGCGUCUAUGGAAAAAAGAAGUACAGUUGACGUUUCGGGCCAAGACCCUUCAUCGGGACAUUGGAUAGGGUAGGACUCUGAAGGAGCUUUGGCCUGAAACAUCGACUGCUUAUUCCCCUCCACUGGCGCUGCCUGGCUGCUGAGUUCCUCUAGCAUUUUAUGUACGUUGCUCUGGAUUUCCACCUUUUGCAGAAUCUCUUGUGUUGAUGAAGCGUCUGAGAGGGCAGAAUUGUAGGAACACAGAGACUGAUUUGACGUGAGGCAGAAUGAGUAAGAUGACCUCAGAGGGAGAUGAAAACAAGGAUGAGGAGAUUAAACUAUGGGUGUUGCCUGACUGGAUCCCAGGACUUGGAAUGGUAGAUGGAAAUGGUGGAAAAUGAGGGGAAGGUGGCAGGAGGUAGAGAGCAGUGACCAGGGCACGCACCUGACUCUGCCUCUUUCCAAGUAUUCGCUUGGUGCCACUGGAAGUGACCACGUUGGAUUUUCAGGAUCAUUUAUAUAGGAUGCUUUCUGAACUUCCUUGGGACUCUCUUUGCAAAUAUUCACUUUAGAUAAGUUAUUUGCUGCAGCUGACAAAAAGUUACAUUAAACACAAUAUCUAAAUGACAUUAAAUGACUGGAAUUUGAAGGCUGACUGUAUCUUUGUAAACAGUGUAAAUACAGUCCUCUUUCCUGUAUAUGUGCCUGUGUAUAUAUUGUAAAUACAUGUAUGCGUAAUGUUAUGUUUCUAUCUACUAUUGAGCAGAUUCGGCUGUCUGGGUGAAAAAAGCAGAGUUUAUUUUGAAAUAGGAAAACCUGAUGCUAUUAGCAGAUUUAUAGAAAUGAGAAUGAAUUCCUCAAUUCCAAAAGCUGUCUUGUCUCUUCCUUAAAAUCAAGUCAUACUUAUAAGUGAAAGUAGAAAAGCACUUUUCCCUUUUCCGUGAAAUUAAGCAAUUAUAUUUAAAUCCUAAUGACCAAGAACACAUUCAGUAGUUUUGUUUCUGGGAUUGUGUUGGUUUUGAAAUAAAGCUGUGCCAAACUGGUACGUCUUCUAAUACUGUCUGGAUUUUGAUCUUGAAAUGUCUCCUUCUGACUUACAAAAGAACCACAUAGUGAUGGUAGUUACAUUUUGCAACAAGAUAAUGCAAAGAGUGUAUUUUGCAAUCUGUAAUGUCUAUUUGUUGUAUACAAUGUAUGAUGAGAAAUCGUGUAUAAGUAUUAAAAAUAUCACGUG